UGGGUGGUUUCGCUUUGAUUAUUGGCGCCGGUGAGUAUCACUUGCGCUUGCACGGUAUUGGGUUCAUCCCACGAGCCUGACAUUAACCUUGUAUCGAUAUCCAGGUAGUGGCAUCGGCCGCGAUACAGGAAUGGCGUUUGCAGAGGCAGGUGUGGAAGCCGUGGCGUUCGCGGACGUUAACCUUGAUUCAGCCACCGCGGCAGCAACAGUGAGCAAGGCGCACGCGGCGAGCCCGAACUACCACACCAUUGCCCUGCAUAUCGACGUGCAGAUUGAAGACAGCGUGCGUGCAUGUAUGGAAGCUGUCGUGCGGGUAUUUGGACGAAUGGAUUAUUGCGUCAAUAGCGCCGGAAUUGGGGUCAACGAACCAAUGGAGAUCAGCGAGGCUUCCCUCGUGGAGUUUGAUCGCUUCUACCAGAUAAACGUCCGUGGUGUGCUUCUAUGUACCCGAGAAGCUAGCCGCAUCAUGAAGGCGCAAGGACGUAAAACGGCUCAGGGACGAUCCGGUCCCAAAGACGCCGGGCGUGGGGCGAUUGUGAACGUUGGUAGUGCUAGUUCUUACGUUGCUACCCCAAGCAUCGUGCAAUAUACGGCGUCCAAGCAUGCAUUGCUGGGAAUAACGAGGAAUGCAGCCCUGGACAACAGUACGCACGGAAUACGAGUGAACGCCGUAUGCCCCUCUUGGGUCCAGACUCCUAUGAUGGCACGUGUUUUCGAAGCGACACCUGAGUUUGAAGACAUGAUCAAUCGAGUAGUUCCGCUCGGAAGGAUCGCACAACCAGAAGAGGUAUCAGAUUUGAUCGUCUUCUUGAGCAGUCCAAAGGCAAGCUACAUUACCGGCCAGGGAUACAUUGUUGAUGGCGGUGCAACCUUAGCCAUCCGCACGUAGUAAAUCAAUCAUUAUUAUCUUCAUUGCUAGAA